AUGAAACGUGGAGAAAAUAAAGUUUUUGCUCAACUACUGAUCACUUCGGUUUUUUACAUUAUGGUUAACUCAUUUUACGAAAUUGUUAUUUUCAUAGAUAACAGAUUUGCUGGUUUCAUUGCAUUGUUACAAUUGCUCGCCGUUUUCAAUUAUCUUCCGGAAAUGUCACUAUCGUUUUUAUUCAUUGUGGAUACUAUUCAUGCUGAUAGAAUUAUGAGAAAUUGUAUGGCUCCUAGAAGAGAAGUUCAGAGAAUCACAGUUAUCAAAUCGACGAGUGUUUAA